CAAAGUGAUUAAAUACUUAUUUAUUUACCAGAUCUUGUUUCGAACAUAAUUUACUGCUAAUUAUCCCAUCAAACUAAUCACAAUUUACUAUAUUUAACUUUUCAAUGGUUACAUGGUAUAUGGAGAUGCUAGUUCAUAGUUUUUAUCUGACUGCUAUACCGAAAGUGGUUAAGAACUUGGUUACGUCAAUUGUGCAUAUCAUGUUCACGAUCGUGGCUCCUCCAGACAAACAAGGUAUUAUUCAAUGCAUAGGAGAGUUUAUUGCUCGUAUUGGUCUAGCUAUCAGCUUAACCGCUCUACCCGCUAUAUAUGCAGCCACUGUAACAACUUUUCCGGAAGCCGUUUUCAUUGUGGUGGUAAUACUCAUUUUCAUUUUGUUGAUAUUAGAUAUGCUUUUGCUUGUCUACAUGAAACGAAUCGAAAGACAGACGAUGGAGGCUGGCGGAAACUACAAAGCAAAUCAAAGAAUGGAGUAAAAAUCUUUAAAAUCAUUGAAAUACCUUUCUUUGUUUUGCAGAACAAUAACUGUCUAACCAAUGCUUCGAAAACGUACUAUUUUCAUUUGAAUUGUUCAAAGUAUUUUUAAUGUGUACAGGGUAUAU